AUGGCAGAAUAUUGGUACAAUACAGCUUUUCAUGCCAGUCUGGGAAUCACACCUUAUGAAGCUUUGUAUGGAACAAAGCCAGUGCCUCUGAAUUUAGGCUCACUACAGGAUAUGAUUAUACCAGCAACACAGGAUUUAUUGAUACAAAGAGAGAGUGUCAUGAAACAGCUCCAGGAAAACUUAGCCAAGGCUCAGCAACGGAUGAAAUAUUAUGCUGAUCAAAAACGAACCGAGAGAGCAUUUAAACAGGGUGACUGGGUAUUUCUCAAACUCCAGCUUAUAGGCAGCAUUCAAUGGAUCCACCCUGUAUUUCAUGUGUCAUUGUUAAAGAAGUUUGUAGGCAAUGCACCUAUUACUGCAGGGGAAUUACCUGAUUAUGAUAUAGAGGAAGUAUUGAUACUGGUUCCUGAGAAGAUCUUACAGCGCAGACAAAUUGAGAGAGGGGGAAAAAAUGUCAACCAGUGGUUGGUAAAGUGGAAGGACUUGGAUGUAUCAGAAGCAUCAUGGGAAAAUUGCACUUUUAUCAAGCUUCAGUUUCCUCAGUUUAAAGCUUGA